AAUAUAUAUGCAAUAAAGUUACACACAUAUCACAAAGUUAUAAGUUUUAACCAGUAUAAGAAACUGGUCUAAACCUUCUAUUGGAAAUGCUUAAGAAUUUUCAGGCUUCUGAGUUCUGUAACCAAUUCUAUCGAUCAUACUUUUUGACAAUUGAGCAAGAAAUAUUUGCUGUCUUGACAGACACGUUUCACAAGCCUGGCUUCAAGCUGCAUGUUUUAGUUUUACAACACUUUUUCUCCUUGGUUGAGAGUGGAUUGUUAACGGAGCCUUUGUGGGAUUCUGCAACAGUUCCUUAUUCUUAUCCAAAUAAUGGAAUCUUUGUUCGUGAGUACACCAUUAAACUUCUGAGUACGUCAUUCCCAAACAUGACUACAGCAGAGGUCACUCAAUUUGUGAAUGGUCUAUUUGAGUCAAGAAAUGAUCUCUCAACGUUUAAGAAUCAUAUAAGAGACUUUCUUGUUCAGUCAAAAGAAUUUUCAGCUCAGGACAAUAAAGACCUAUAUGCAGAAGAGGCUGCUGCCCAGAGAGAAAGAGAGCGACAACGGAUGCUUUCAAUUCCGGGGCUCAUUGCCCCCAAUGAAAUACAAGACGAGAUGUUGGACUCAUAGGUGGUUAUUGAUGCCUUGGAUGCUAAUUUUAUGAAUUUUGACCUGUGAGUUAUUAAGGUGUGCCUUAGAGAUCCCUGUAUCCAUUGGAACAGUUCAUUUUACCCAAUUGUUUUCCUCGUUCCAAAAUUUCCAUUUAGCCGCAAUGGUGAAUCCACAAGGCCUCCUUUGCGCAAAUGUUUGCAGCUUGAAAUGCCGGUUAUAUGUCUAUUGGUAUUGUAGAAUAGGUAGGUGUUUAUGUGAGGGAUUAUGUCUAUAGUUGCAAUGUUGAUCAUAUCGAGUCAUUGUACGGGUUUACGGUUGUUUGAGGAUCCAGCAUCUUUAAAUGGCUCGUUCUAGAAUAUUUGUAGGUUAAGGAAUACUAACCUAGGUGGUAGCGAAAUUUUCUUUUCCUUGGUUAGGUGGAGAAAGUGUUUGUUUGGCGGGUUUAAAAAAAUUAAAAGGAAUAACAUCCCAAGCUAUCUCUCUCUCUUUAUAUUUUAUUGAAAUUAUGUAAUUUUGAGAUCUUAGCAAAAGCUCCAAGAUGAUGGUGCCAAUGCAUCAUCCACGCUCUUUUUCGGGCUUUCAUGACAUACGUUUCACUGGCUUUGCCAAAAUAGGAAGCUUUUUCACCAUCUUCCUCAUGAAGUGAGCUUGUAUGUUAAAGGAUCCUUUCGCAGAAACAAUGUUUCACUUUAGUGGCAAGCUUUUCAAAAUUUGUCACUUCUUCUUUCACCAUCUUCUUGUAAUCUUUCCUCUUUUGUUGAUCUAUGUGUAAAUGGAUUAAGAAAUGCAAAGAAGGGAGUUUAUAGCAUGCACAGUGUAAUAUGAAGAUGAGGAUGAUCAUGGAGAAGAUAUUGGUGAGAACGUUGACAACAAGAAGGAAGCCAAUACCAAAUGAAACCAUUGUUGGUAAUUAGUAAAAAACUUGUGUCAAUGAUAAGGGUAUGCUAGUGAUGAAGAUGUUAAUGCCAAGGAUGUUAAUGUCUAAACAUCAAUGAUGAGGAUAUCAUUGCCAAAGCGUUGUCAUUGUUAGGGACAUUAAUGUUGAGGAUGUUAUUGCUAGGAAUUCUUUACUUUCAAGGAUGUUAGUGAUGACGAUGUUAUUGCCAAGACAUCAUCAAACUAAACAUAUGAAUCUGUG